UAUUCUUCUCUCGUUUACCUAUAGUUCCCCCCUGUACUCUCUCGCGGCCUUGUUUCCUGGCGGUGACGGCUGGUCUUCGCUUGGUCCUUCGCCGGCGACGAGCGUCCAUCUGGCCCGUGGGAUGCCGAUACCGAUCCUCCUCCGCUCCUCUCCUCUCGGCUCCGCAAUCUGUGCUCGCAGCCUCUCUUGUGCACGAGGUCGCACUGCCACGCGACGCCAGGAACCUCCACCAGCCGGCGACUCCAGACUCCAGUAGCUAGCGCCGCAUCCUCAUCCUUACCGUGAAAAAAACAAGCUUAGUGGAUUGCGAGAGGGCCUCGGGGAGUAGGCGACCUUACAUCAGUUGGAUCGGAUAGGAUCAAAUCAGGUUAAGGGGUCGACUGAACUGAGCAGGCAGUUGCAAGAGCCAUUAUGUUGUUCUUCUCCUACUUCAAGGAGCUCGUGGGGAAGGAGGUCACAGUGGAGCUCAAGAAUGACCUGGCAAUACGUGGGACGCUCCACUCUGUUGACCAAUACCUCAACAUCAAGCUUGAGAACACCCGUGUUGUCGAUCAGGACAAGUAUCCCCACAUGCUAUCAGUGAGGAACUGCUUCAUCAGAGGCUCGGUGGUGCGGUACGUGAUGCUCCCACAGGACGGUGUGGAUAUCGACAUCCUCCAUGACGCCACCAGGAGGGAGGCGCGCGGAGGCUGAUCGGCCCCGCCUGACCAGCGCUCACCACUCACCAGCUGCUUCCCUGGGACCCUGAUCUGAUCUGAUUGUACGGAACAUGCAUGCAUGGUGGUGUUGUAGACACAGUGCUGAGUGGCCGAACACCCCAACUUAUUUUAUCCACUAGUUAUAGUUCCCUGGUACAGUGAUACUUGUCGUGACAGACAUUCCACAGGUUGGGUGACCUAUAAGAAAAUUUUUGAUAUUUAACCCUCGAUGACAGACAUUCCCUUCGUGCAA